CGUUCCCUACUCAGCAUCCUCACUCCCCACCAAAGAUUAACCCUUUUCAAUUCCCGCAAUCGGUAGUCUGCUUUUACUUACCAUGCAUUACCAAAUAAGGGGUGCUUUAGUGCCCUGUGGCAGACCAGCUCUUUCUGUCCUGCUGGGUCACCCUACACCUUCUCCCUUGGAUCUCUUCACUGUCUUUAUCCCCUCACACAUGGAGAGACUGCUGCAAGUUGACGACAGGAUUCUUGACGGUCAAGUAGCUAUACCGCAUAAUCGAGCAUGGUCCUUUGGGGUGAUAUACGAGGGAACCUACAACACGGAAAAGGUUUGCAUCAAGGCUUUCAGAUAUAUCGAUCGUGAUCCUGUCAGCGAAUUUCUUCACCGACUGGUCCGCGAGAUGAGGGUGUGGCGCCAAUUGACGAAUACACAUAGUUAAGCUUCAUGGAUGGAUAUCAUACCUUGAAAGCACGGAAGAUCUAUGUCCGGGCUUGGUGUCAAAUUGGUGCGACGAAGGGAAUGUCAAAUCUUAUCUACGGCGCCGUCAGGACGCUGA